UCCCCCGGUUUAUGGUUCAACAGUUCCUCUCUGUUGUAUCACAUAUAUUGGGACCUCACAUGUGCUCUGGUUGUUGACGUCACUUAAUAAUAAAAACAUUACAUUGAUAUAAUUGUUUAUUCUAUAUUAUUGAUUAAAAAUGGAAGAAGACAAGUGUAUCCUGAGGGAGAUGAACUGUGAAUUAAAUCAGUUGUCGAUGCCCGAUGGUUCCACUAUGUUCAUGCAAGGUGACACAUGCGUAGCUGCUGGAGUGUAUGGCCCCGUCGAAGCAAGGCUCGCAAAAAUGUUGCAUGACAAAGCCCACAUUGAAGUCACAUUCAGCCCCGCCAAGGGUCCACCCAGUAUUGAUGGAAGAAUGAAGGAGUUAUACAUUAAAGAGACGUGUGAAUCAACACUUAUGACCAGUCUGCACCCGGGUACGGCGAUUUCAAUAAAUUUGCAGGAAAUGGAGGACGCUGGGGGUCUGCUGGCAUGUGCUAUUAAUGCUGCCAAUUUAGCGUUGAUAAACGCAAGUUUAUCAAUGAAAUUUACAAUUGCUGCCAUUAACUGUAUGAUAGAUAAGGACAGUGGGGAAAUUAUUUUGGAUCCUGAAAUAAAUCAAUUACAGAAUGCAAGAGCGACAUUCACGUACGCCUUCGACAGCAUAAAAAAGCAUCUCAUCGCCUGUCACACGUCGGGAACAUUUACGGAAAAGGAGCUCAUGAGGUCGAUAGAACAGUGCAGGGAAGCUAGCCAAUAUAUUUUCGAUUUUUAUCGAGAGGUCGUUAAAAAAUAUUCAACAUGUACAGCUCAAUGAUGUCCUGGAUAUAAAAAAAAACGUUUUAAAUAUUUUGUUAUUAAAAGUCAAUAGAUAUGUACGACGGAGCUCAGUUUUAUCCAUCCAUUUAAUAAAUAACAAACUAAUA